AUGACUGGAACGAGCUCCUACUACAUCACCCCCUACCAGUACCAGCCUCCUCCCCAGCAAUAUGCCCCCGCCGCGUCUUUCCCCCUGCCACGCGUCUCGUCCCAGCCGUCGUCUCUCGACAUCCAGCACGCGCUGCCGCCCAUAGACCAGCUCCCGCCCAUCUCUUCACCGCCGCGAGAACAGCACGAUGCGGGGGUCAGCUCUGUCCUCGACUCGGGGGUCAAUACCGGGAUCGAUGCGGGCGACGACACCCCGGACGAUGUGCGCCGAUGCUCGGUGAGAGGGUGCAACACGCCGCUGCAGCCCGACUACAAGCCGAAGAUGUGCGAGAGCUGCCGCAGCCGCCACCGUCUGUACGCGACGACGAAGCGCGCAAAGCGCAAGCAGGAGAAGGCUGCGCUCACGGGCAACAACGGCCAGCCAGUCGGGUGGGUCAUGGAGGGACCCGAGUCUCAGACGCAAGUCGAGAACAGCGGCAGGCAGAGCGAAAGCGUCGCCAACGAACAAGUCCAACAGCAGCACCAGAACCAGCAACAUCAGUACAGCUUUCCACCCCCCUCGCAAUGGGCCCCAAACAGCAUCGACCCGCGCCUACACCUCGGGCCCCCUGCGUCGAGCUCCUCGGAGCUCGCGGGCGCGCUCAGCCUCCCGCUCCUCAACCACGCACCAACCCAAACCCCGUCCCAAUCCGAGUCGCCCGACCCGAAGCCCGCGAGCGCGAGCCCGCAAAUGGCGGCGCCCCCAGGGCCCCUGCAGCCGCUGACGGGCCCGCUGCGCUACUGCUCGGUCAAGGGCUGCAAAGCGGUGCUCCCACCGUCGUAUUUUUUCAAGAUGUGCGAGCCGUGCCGCGGCAAGUACCGCGGGUACGGGACGACGAAGCGCGCAAAGUGGAAGCGCGAGCGCGUGGAAAUGAAGCCGGAGCUGGACAAGCUGCGCGCGGAGGAGGACGAGAAGCGCAAGGCGGCGGGCUUGCCGCCCAUCUCCGAGCUCCCGUCGUCCCGCAGACAAGACUGGGAAAUGAAAGUGCUCAACCGGCUGCAAACAGGCAACCCCGGGGCGCCCUCCCCGCAUUCGUCCGUCUCGCCCUUUGCGCCCGCCUCCCCGCUACCCGCCCUCAACGCCGACCCGAGCAACCCGCCGGUGAAGAUGUGCACGGUGUCGCACUGCCACGCGAUCCUGCCGGGCGACUACAAGUACCGCCGGUGCGAGCAGCACCGGCUGCAGAACCGAUACCACAGCAAGCUGAAGCGGGUAAGGGAGAAGGAGGUGAAGGGCCAGGGCGAGUGGAGUGGGAGCGGGGCGGUCUCGGUUGAGAGGGAGAUGACGAAAGGGGAGGAGGACGGGGAAGGGGAGGAGGAUGGUGAGGGUGAGCAGGAGAGGGAAGUGAGCGAGGAGGGGCAGGGACGUGUGCAGCCGGGAACAGGAGAAGCGCCUGAGAAACCCGUCCAGGCUCCCACCGACUCGCCCCAGCCCGCCGCCGCCCCGAGGUCGACGCGGGGCAUGCAACGCACGAAUAACGUCUGCUCAGUGAAGCUGUGCCACAACCUGCUGGGCCCGACGGUGCCCUGGAAGAUGUGCGAGCAGUGCCGCGAGAAGGAUCGACAGACGCGGCUGAACAAGGGUAAGACCCUGCGCGCGCGGAAGCGGAAGAGCUUGGGGGACGAGGAGGACAAGGUGGAGGAGCCGGGCCCGGUGUUCACGAACUUGCUGCUGCCGGAUGGGACGGUUAUAGACCAGCCUACGCAGUCCGUGUCGGGGGAUAAGCGCUGGCAAGUGCAGACGGGUGAUCCGUCGCAGGUUCCGAAGCGGAAGCGUCGCAAGGCGGUAAACCCGACACCUGUGGAUAAAGACCAGGACAGCGCGAGCACGAGCCAGAACAAUGCUAGUGCGUCCACGUCUGCUUCAGUUGCUCCCGUCACCACCGAGCAGCAGACUACGCACCCUGCUCCGGCAUACCCCUACACUCCGUAUCCGAUGCCGUAUUACAUGCCCACGUAUGGGAUGAUGCCGCCCUACGGUCACGCGCCGUAUGGCGCGCCCCAGCCAUACGGGCAAGUAGCCUAUCCUCCCCCUCCUGCCGGGAGUCCCCCGCAGGGAUCCCCGCCUGGACAACCGUCGUACCCUCCUUACCCGCCGCCAUACUCGUAUCCCUAUGGGUAUCCCCCGCCUCCACCUCCACAGCAGGCCCCGUACCCGGGCUAUCCCCCGUACCAGCCCAUGUACCGCCCGUAUCCUCCACCCCCGCCACCGCCAACUCAAACCCAGCAGCCUGCGUACGCGAGUGGGACGCAGCCGUAUGGGUCGAUGGCGAGUAAUGCGGGGGGGAAUCCUGCGGGCCCCAGUUAUUUCGGGUCUUUCUCUGUCAAGCCGGUGCCCGGGCAGGCUGAGUCACAGAGUGUCAUCAAGUUCGCAAGUCAGACUCGCAAGAGCAAGAAGGAUGGAGCGGACGCAGACCCUGGUGCUCAGUCGAGCACGUCUGAUCCUGCUGUCACUGCCGAAGUUUCCACACCUGGGCAGACGUCGCUCAUGAACGUCUGGAAUAGCAGGGAGCAGCCAGGCGCAGCUGAGAGUGUGCCGGAUGCCGAGAGGGCUGGUCUUGCCGCGGGCAGCAGCGUCUUUAGAGUCGAUACGUCACAGGCCGGACAUUCAACGCAUGAUGCCAGCAAUCGGGGAGGAGAGGUUGCUCCUUCUGUUGCUCAAGUCUCUACUUCGUCACAGCGACAAUGUUCGAACAAGUCUUGCCAUCGGAUGCUCCCCGCCGACUCUCACGGUACGUUGUGCGAAAAGUGCAAGGCCCGGAUGAAGAAGAAAUUGGUGAAGACCAAGCAACGCCACAAGCUCGAGCCGAAGAAAUUCGCUGGUGCACCGCGAGCGGAAGCCCCCGUAGAUGCCGAGAGCGACCAGGACUGAGUGUGUCUGAUUUUGGACAGAUAAAUUAUUGACAUGUAAUUGUACACAUGAACUGCAUGACUACUACCGCUACUGUAUCAAGUAGACUGAUUAUUACAGAUACAACAUACUGUUACAACGGUCGUGACGGGCGUGAACAGAGACGAGGCUGCAUUGAGAAAGGUACGCAUGAACCAAGAAUUAUCUAUCGACUGGGACCUACUAUAACCAUGGAAAGAUGUCAUGCUCACUGGGUGGGCUCGCGUUCGUCAGCGUCGCUGAGCCUCCUGCGGCCCUCGCUCGUCGAACUCAGCCAGGCUUCGAGUCGCCUCCCAAGUUCCCCACCCCGCCCGCCACAUAUAUCGCCGUUCGGGACCAGGAGCUUCUCUCUCUCCUUCUCUUCAGCGACAACCUUCGCUGCCAGCGGGACGCGGACGGCAACCCCGUUAACGCGCUUGAAGUUCUCGCUAAGCUUGUCGAGAGGCUUGUCGCCGACUUUAGUGUCCUCGCUCGAGGAGCCCGAGCCGGAACCCGAGGCGGCCGUCGGGGAGGACGGGGAGAUCUCCUCGUCAACAACCGUAACGUUUGCACCCGAGUUAGUAGUCUGGUCUUCGGUCGCGUCCUGCCAAUUCUUGAACCACUCGUCCUCCUCGUCCUCGGGGCCGAGGAUACUCUGCACCAAACCUUCUUCCCAACCGUCCCAUUCAACACAUCGGUGAGCCAUCCUCAGUCGAGCGCCAGAUGCUUCGUGGUGAAGCCACUCGUUCGCUAGGCUAGCAAGGUCCAUCUCCCGCUGGAUGGUGCCGGCCGGUGUGACUAGGGGCACGGUUAUCUUGCUUGACUUGGCUGCUGCGUCCACCGCAAAGUCUUCGACCGUUGCGCGGAAUAGUCGAGCGGUGAAGGGACUUGACUGAAGAAACGCUGGGACGUGGGCUGACGCCCAUAACGGGCGCGUGGUCGUUGACUCCCAGUCUAUGACACAAGUAAUCCUGGAGGGGUCAUUCUCGUCAACAAACACAUUUUCCAAGCUCAUAUCAUGGCAGUCCAGAGCAAACUCCUCUAGCACCUCACCAUCUUUCCCAUCAGGCGCGCCCCCACCCGGGACAUCACUCCCUCCAAUCCCCAACUUCUCCAUCAUCUUCACCCACCUUCCCAUCUCCUCCCUCACCCUCUUCUCCCUCUCGACCAGAUGGGCAACCAAGAACGUGCUCCGCUGCAUCCUCCUAUAAUCCCUGUACAUCGCGUCGCCGGGGCCCUCCCACUCGCCCUCGCUCUCUUCCCAGUCCCACUCGGUGCUCUCGUCGCUCGCGUCGCCGGGCACCGCGCGGAUGCGGUGGUGCCGCGACGACACGAUCUCAUCCGGGUCGAGGUGGAGGCGGUGCGGCGCCGCCUUGCCCUCGUUCUCGCGGAUGACGCCC